CUCAGCCGAAACAGUGGAGCCAAAGUAGCAUGCUACAACCAGCCCAUGUCUUGACUUGCGACUCCAGGGAGUUCUUGCAGUCGAGACUGUUCACAACUCUAGCCAUGUAAUCGCAGAGAUAUCGCCAUAACACAGCCGUCACCAUGUUCACAUCUUCGGGCAGCGGCAAGAAGCCGCCCCAACAGGAAAUGGUCCAAGUCGACAGAUCCGAGUCAACUUCGCCAUUCUGGAGGGUUCAAAGAGAAAGUAUACCGAAGCGGACUGCUCGAGAUCCGAACCUGGUCGUGGGCGCAGCCUAUUCGCACGCUGACAUGCUCAAAUUCGAUUCCUUAAGCAUGUCUAGUGCGUCCUCACGACCCAAGACGCCUCCAUCUUCUGCAUUCCAGAAGGCCCGAACCAGCGAUGUCAGUCCCCCACCACCGAAGCCCUCAGGCCUGUCCUCGCCUCCCCUGAAAUCGUACAUCAGCUUCCUCUCGAAUACAAACCAGGACUGGACCGCGGAUGAUCCGGAGGGAGAAGAUGAAUACGGCUAUGAAGAUGAUGAUGGAGACGACUUUGGACUACCGAGUCUGGCAAAUAUGAAGCGGCGAUCAAGGCGAAUAGCAGCGGCUCAGGGAGCAAGCCAGUCGCAGGGGAAUCUGUCCGCUCUCGAGACCACGUUUGGUUUCCCGUCCCGUCGUUAUUCGGAUAGUGCCGACAUAGCGAUCGAGCGACCCACCCCGACAUACCCGAUGCCUAGGAAGAGUGAAGGAAAGAUUCUCAGGCCCCAGUACAAAGACAUACUGAGAGAUCCGGCCAAUGCUCUGCACUUGAUCAACCACCCAGCCACCACGACGAUUGCGACACCUAAGGAGAUUGAAGCGGCCAACUCGCGGGUGACGAGGAUCAAUAAGUUCAAGAAGAUACUCCAAGCUACGACGAUUCCGCUGCCAGAUUUGAGGCAGUUGGCAUGGAGUGGAGUCCCAGAGGAAGUUCGGGCCAUGACUUGGCAAUUGCUGCUGAGCUAUCUUCCUACAAGCAGCGAAAGACGAGUGACAACCCUGGAACGGAAACGCAAAGAGUAUCUCGACGGGGUCAAGCAAGCGUUUGAGCGCGGCGGCAGCACCCCCGCCGCAAGUGGACGGGCAAGAGGACUGGAUGAAGCAAUAUGGCACCAAAUAAGCAUCGAUGUGCCACGGACGAACCCUCACAUUGAACUGUACGGAUACGAGGCGACGCAGCGGUCCCUAGAGCGAAUACUAUAUCUUUGGGCAAUUCGACAUCCCGCAAGCGGCUACGUUCAGGGGAUUAACGACCUCGUAACGCCGUUUUGGGAAGUCUUCUUAGGGACUUAUAUCACCGACUGUAAUAUCGAAAGUGGCAUGGAUCCGGGGCAGCUACCCAAGGCUGUUCUAGAUGCCGUGGAAGCCGACUCUUUCUGGUGUUUGACGAAACUGCUCGAUGGAAUCCAGGAUCAUUACAUCGUGGCCCAACCGGGCAUACAGCGACAAGUUGCGGCAUUGCGAGACCUUACCGCAAGGAUUGAUGGGGACCUCGCCAAACACCUCGAAAAUGAACAGGUUGAAUUCAUUCAAUUCAGCUUCCGCUGGAUGAACUGCCUUCUCAUGAGAGAAAUCAGUGUCCGGAAUACCAUACGAAUGUGGGAUACUUAUUUGGCCGAGGAACAAGGUUUCUCUGAGUUCCAUUUGUACGUGUGUGCCGCGUUCCUGGUCAAAUGGUCGCCAAAGCUCCUGAAAAUGGACUUUCAGGAGAUCAUGAUGUUCCUUCAGGCGCUGCCAACUCGGGAGUGGACUGAAAAAGACAUUGAGCUUCUGCUCAGUGAGGCAUUCAUAUGGCAAAGCCUCUUCAAAAACUCGUCAGCCCACCUGAGAGGCGGAUCAAGCCGGGUACCACCUGCAAACAUGCAACUUUAGAUAGCCCAAUAAGACGCCAAUAGGCACAGAUGCCGUCAACACUCACCAGAUGAGCGUUCAUUGCGAGACUUACAGCGGGCUCAUGUCGGAGGUCCAGGCGAGGUGGGCAUUGUACAUACGUUGAAAAAGAAGUCGCUUAACGUACCCCACAAGCAAGUUGGCCA